AACAACAUAUGGCGGGCAAGUAGGACUCAACCUUAAGCUUGGCCCAGACGGAGUAGGCAUAUAUGUAUGAGCUUGACCUAUAACUGAACAUGUACGGUAUGAUUCGGGGGAUAUCCCGCUUUAAAUGCCAGCCUAUCUGGCGGAAUCUACUCGUACCUGCCACGGUGGUCAAAACGCCUUAUUACUGUACAACUAACAGUAAUGCAAGGUUUCAGGAUAAUGUAAUUUUAAUGGGCAGUCCUGGGUCCGGUAAAACCACUGUUGGUCGACUGCUUGGUCCUAAAUUAGGGAUGGACGUGUUGGACAUUGAUGACCAUCAUCUCGAAUCAUUUUGGGGUAUGCCUGUAUCAGAAAAGUUGGCAGAAGUCGGAUCAGAUUCAUUUAUCGAAGAGGAAGGAAAAGCACUCAUGGAGUUCAAUGAACGUGGUAAAGUUAUCUCCCUUACUGGUUCUAACCCCAUGUACAAACCUGCGAUGGACCACAUAGCAAGGACGGGUACUGUGGUAUUUUUGGAUACACCCUCGGAUGAUAUUGUUAGACGGUUAGAGGAAAUGAGAGUCAAUCGUAUCGUAGGACAAAAUGACGGAGUGACGAUGGAAAGUAUACUGAAAUACAGACAACAGUUUUACGAAGGAUCGUACGACAUUCGUGUCAUAGUCGAGGAAAACGAAAAUCCGGAAUCCAUAACGAAUAAAGUAUUUUUAGCCUUGAGUAGGUUGAAAAUGAAACCCGGGUAUGUAUCGACCCGACAGAACUCAAAACCUGAAGCCAGGAAGUCUUUCUCCGAUGUCAUUCUAAAAGGUCUGGCGCCUGAUGGCGGUUUAUUUGUUCCUGGCUCCUGUCUGCCUGUUUUAUCCAUAGGAGAAAUGAAACGAAUGGUUGACUCAAAGUAUCCCCAGCGAGCCCUUCAAAUCCUUGAAAAGUGCAUCCACCCUUCCGAUCUCCAUCCGUCAGUGUUGUCAACUUUCGUUUCUCGUGCUUAUAGCAAUGACAACUUUGAAUGCUUCAAAGUAUUUCCGGUACGUCAUCUAGACAACAAUCAAUAUCUCCUAGAACUAUUCCAUGGGCCAACAGCUUCCUUCAAGGAUGCAGCUCUGCAGUUGAUGCCACAAUUCUUCGUUAAUGCGUUGAAGGCAUCCAAAACUACAACAAAGUACGUCAUUAUCGUGGCCACUUCCGGCGACACAGGUGGAGCAGUUCUUGAUGGAUUUAUAAGGCAUGAAGGUGGCGCUGAUGUCGGCGUUCUGGUACUGUACCCGGAUGAUGGUAUCAGUGAUGUACAAAAACAACAGAUGACGGCAAUGGCGGGCAGAAACAUCCAAGUAAUAGGUGUUCGUGGAGAUUUCGACGUGUGUCAGUCCUUCGUCAAGCGUGCCUUCAAAGACCGUGCUCUAGAAAAAGACCUGAUGGUCGACACGAACUGUAAACUAAGCGCCGCCAACUCCAUCAGCUGGGGGCGUCUCCUACCACAAAUAGUGUACCACGUGUCUUCGUACCUCGAUCUUGUCCAGAAUGAUGUCAUCCAACUCGGAAGCGAAGUUGAUCUCUGCAUACCCACAGGCAACUUCGGAAAUAUCUUGGCUGCGUAUUAUUCAAAGCAAAUGGGAGUGCCGUAUCGGCGAUUGAUUUGUGCUUCAAAUUCCAACAACAUUUUAACAGAUUUCAUAAAAACUGGAACCUAUGACCUUCGGAACCGCACAUUACACAAAACGACAUCACCUGCAAUAGACAUUCUGGUCUCGUCUAAUCUAGAACGCUAUUUGUAUCACCUGUCGGGCGGAUCUGCCGACUUCAUCUCAGAAUGCUUCACAAACUUGGAGUCAUCAAAACAUUUUUCUAUACCUGAAAAGAUGAUAUCGGCCAUGAAGGAACUGUUUGUUGCGGACUGGUGUUCCGAAGAGGAAGUGAAGAGGACAAUCCAAUCUACCCUGGAUAAAACAGGCUACCUUUUGGAUCCCCAUACCGCUGUCGCAAAAUCUGUCGGUGACCGCUUCAACGUCAAAGACUGUCCUAUGAUCAUUGCGUCCACAGCACAUUACUCGAAAUUUGCACCCGAUGUGGCCAGAUUCCUUGGUCUGGAUAUUGAAAACGAACAGCUGAACGAAGUGUUUGAUAAACUUAAAGACAUGUGCGCUAGUCCUGUUAUGCACAUUCCUCUCCAGCAAUCGAUUGAAUGUCCACAAAUCCACACAAAAGUCCUGAAUUCCACGUAUUCCGAAGUUCGGGAGGAAAUCAAAACUUUCGCUCGUACGCUGUAGGUUGUCUUGGAAACAAUCAGACCAUGAGUGGGUUAUACUGCGUAGCGUUAGAAUAUGGAUGACGACAUUCUCGAUGUGUAGAGUUUCAUGAAUGAAUUCAGUUAUCGCUAAGGAUGUUUUAACUGAACAUUAGUAUUUCACAUUACAUUACAUUACAAUCAACGCUUCUCGUGUAGUGAUUCUGGCCAGGAACACGUUUAUUCAAAUCGUAAUGACGACUUUACUUAUAUAGUGCGAAAAUCACAAAAUCUAAAAGGCUAUUAUAUAACGUUGUUUGCAAAAGUUUGAUUUUGAAAAUAGUUCUGAUUUAUUUAAUGUAUUCAGCAUUGUGUUCUUAAAUGUGAUAAGAGCUAUUUUGGUACCGUUUCAUUUACAUUGGUGAAUUUUGACCACAGGUUAAUAUUAAAAACUUGUUUAUAUCAUAGGCGUAUUGAUAGACGAUGCUAGUACCUGUGUUUUGAAUGACAGAACAUUUAUGUUUCAGCUUUUCAUAUUUUUUUCUCUUUUCCCCCCCAAUGUCAAAUUCACCUCAUAAAUUUAAAUGUAUAUAAGGAAAUGUGAUAGACAGUAUAUAUGUAUGGCUUGUAAAGUAGCUAACUCACUGGCAUCUGCCUAGCUUUUAUCUGACAUUGGGUAUAUAGUUUAUUUACAGAAUACACAACUGUAUUUUUGUUGCUUUAUUUGAUUUUGUAUAUAAAAAGUAUAUAUCUAUGCAAAAAAUAGAUACAUUGUACACACAACUGUGGGUGUACAAUUCACCUUUGUGCGAUUAUUUUUUAAUGUGAACUUAUGUAUAACUCUGGGUAUAAACGGUUUAUAAUGCUAAAUAAAGAUAUAAAGUGAUGGUAUUGUGGCUUAAAUUGUCGUUGAUUAGAGUUCAGUGUGCAAAAUAAAUAUACUUGGUUGUAGGAUUGUUGCUAUGUUAAUUGACCUUGGGUGUACACCUCCUAUUGCAGUAAUUCUACACAGAAAAUAUUAAAUGAUUUAU